CAUUAAUUUUUGCUCUGAUCUUUAUAGUGUUCUUCCUCCUAAUAACUUUGGAUUUGUAUUGUUCUUGUUUUUAGGACCCUGCAGUGUGUCUUUAGGUUAUUUAUUGAGCUCACUGUUUUAUGAUGUGGAAAAUUACUGCAAUAUACUUACCUCUUAGGACUGCUUUCAUUGUGUCCUAUAAGUGUUAGUAUGUUGUGUCAUCAUUCGAUUGUAGGAAUUAUCUGAUUUCUUCAUUAAUUUCAUCUGUGACUAUUGAUCAUUCAAGAGAGAAUUACUUAAUUUUCUUGUGUUUGCUUACAGUUUUUUGCCAUUGAUUUCUAGUUUUCAUUGCAGUAUGAUCUGAUAAUAUGGAUGAGAUAAUUUCAGUUCUUUUGCAUUUAUUUAAACAUGUUUUUUGAGCUAAUAUGUGGUCUAUUUUAAAGAAAGUCCCAUGUGCUGCUGAGGACAAUGUGUAGUGUGUUGUGUUUGGAUUGAAUAUUCUGUAGAUAUCUAUUAAGUUCAUUUGUUCAUAUGUUUGGUUCAACUCUGAUAUUUCUGUUGUUUUUGAUAAGGACAUCAGGAAUUGAACUUAUGACCUCCCACUUGCCAGGCAGGCACUGUGUCGCUGAGCCACCAGCCCAAGGUCCUACCAUGUAUUGGUGUUCAUCUGAUUUUUCACAUCCACUAGAAUUUGUAUUAUGAAGUUGGGUGUGCUGGUAUUUGGUGCAUAUAUGCUUAUAAUUGUAACCUCUUUCUGUUGAAUUGUUUCCUUAAUCUACUGAUGGUGAAGCUUUUAGAGACCAAGUGCCCAAACUGAGCCAAAACCCCACUUAACUAUUGCAGAGUUAACACUACAAUUAAGCCCUGCAUACUGAGGUUUUAGUUUAAACAACUAUUAUCUGAUGUUCAUUUGCUGGGGUGACCUACAUGCCAACAAAGAAGGCUUUGCCUACCCUUUGGGGCACACAUGCUUAUAGGCCUACCACUACUACCUUAACCUAUAUGUAGUGACUUUUUCUCUUCUACUUGGUGUUGGCUUGAAAUCUACUUUGUCUGAAAUUAGGCUUUGUCCUAUUUUUUUUCCAGACUGCCAUUGCAUGAAAUACAGUGGUUCCUUGGUUCACAAAUUCAAUUCUGUCCAUAAUUCUGGUCGCAAACUGAACUGUGGACAAGAACCAAAUCAAAUUUUCCCAUAAGGUCAACAUCUAACUUGAACAUGGAAUUUAAUUCAGUUCUUGCCCAACUUGAUUUGCAACCAGAAUCAUAGAAUCAAGUUUGUCUGCAUUAUUUUUUAUCCUUUGUUUUUUAAUUUGUGAGUUCCUUUUUAAAUGUAUACUACAUGUCGUUGGGUUUUGUUUGUUGAUCCAUUCUGCCAGUCUGUCUUUUGACUGGGGAAGUGAGACCAUUCACAUUGAGAAUUAUUACCUAUUCCUGUUAUUGCAUUAUUUUCCAGUUGCUAACUUAUCCACCCCACCCUUUUUACUUAGCUGCUCACCCACCAUGCACACUAGUACCUUGGUUUACAAACUUAAUUUAUUUUACAAUUUUGGGGAAAUGGUUGUAUUUGUUUGGGAAGAUGGCUGUGGUUGUAUUUGUCACUCAAUGCAGAGUUUGUAAAUGGAAGCAAAAUUUUGCCAAAUACUUUUGUUUGUGAACUUAAUUGUUUGCAAACAGAAACAUUCACGCACCAAGAUAAUACUGUAUAUUUUUUUUUUUUUUGGCAUUAUUGACUUCAUUGUGUCUUUCUAGACUAUUAAGAAUUUUUGUAACUCUGGUAGAAUGGCCAUGCAUUUCUUGAGGUUCUCAAUGAAUACCUCAUUUCUCUAUCAAGUUUGAAGGAUAGUUUUGCAGGAUACAUAAGUUGGGCUGGGGAGUUAUCUUUUAGGGCUUAAAACAUUGCAGUCCUCCUGGCCUUAAGGUAUGCUAGAAAAAUCUGCUGUAAUUCUAGUGGGUUUACCUUUAUUUGUGAUUCAUUCCCUUUCUCUAACAACUUUAAAGAUUUUGUCCCUGUGAUAGACUUCUGGUACUUUGAGUGUAAUGUGACUCAGAGAGUUUCUGUUUUGUUGUGGCUGUUGGAUGUCUAUAUGCCUCAAUUAGCUGUACAUAUACUUCUUUAUAUUUGGGGAGUUUUAUGCCAUUCUUUCUGUGAACAGGUAUUUUUUGCCGUUUUUGUUAUCCUCUGAUUUUUCACUUAUUCUAGUUCUUAAUCUUUGCAUCAUCUCACAGCUCUUGGAUCCAUCUUUCAUGUUCUCUUAAAAUAUCUUUGAAUAGUUGGUCUUUGAAAGCAUCCUCUUCUAGUUCUGAAAUUCUGUCCUCACACUGGUUACUUCUACUGCGUAUAGUUUCAGUAUUGUUUUUUUGUUUGUCUGUUUUUAAGACAGAGUCUCAUUAUAUAGUUCAGGAUGACCUUGAAUUCACCCUGUAGUCCAGGCAAGCCCCAAACUCAUGGCAAUUCUACUACCUCAGUCUUCUGGGUGCUGAAAUUACAGGUGUACACUGCUGUGCCCAACUCCAUAUGACCUUUGAUCUCUUGAAUUUCUGACUAAAACCUUUGCAUGAACUCUUAAUUCUUUGGCCAACUGGUCAUUGUUUUGUGUAGCUAACCUAGCUUUUUGUUAGUGUCUUCUGAAAGCUCCCACAUUGUUUUAGUUAUUAUUCCCAUUAACUAUUUAGUUAUAUCUUCUCUGAUUCCUCUGAGUACCUCUAAUUUGUUUUCUAACCUCUGUUACCCUUUUUGAAUAAUUCAGGUGUGUGGCUUUGGCUAGUCUGAUUAUUAGUGCUCCCUGGGUUGGCUUCUGGGAGUUGGGAGUUAUGGGAAGUAUUUUGUUCCCUUACCUUCUCAUGCUUCUAUUAUUUUGUUUUGUGCUGAGGUUUAUGAAUGCAUAUAAUCUAGAGCAGUGGUGAACCUGUGGCAUGCCUGCCAUUGUGAGCUGUUUUUAUUAUUGAAAGUUCAAAGGUUCACCAUCACUGAUUUAGAGAUUUUUAUUGCUAGUAUAGAAAUCUCUUGAGCUGCUUUUCAGAGAUGUGCUAUGGGCCUGGUGAACUGUAUGUAUUCAUUUGCCACAGGUCCACAAUCUGAUCAUCUUGGUUGUUUUGAAAAGGGAAGAUGCAGUAUACACAGCCAAACAACUAAGUUUUCUGGGAAUGUAUUCUAGUAUUGUUAAUGUCACAAAGGUAAUUUGAGUGCUGGCUUGCAGAGAUAUAGUGAUAGUUAUGCAACCCUGAUAGUAUCAAGUGAAUCAACUACAGUAGUAUCAUCCGAGACAAAUUAGAUAUUAAUGUACCAUAGUUAUGCUACCGUUAAUCUGAGAGAAGAAAUUGCCAAUUGUACUGUAACCAUUAUGACAACCUAGGUAUUAAUUUACUACUAAUAUAUACUAACGGUGACAGCUGUCUCUUCUAAAAAUAUUCAACAGUAAUUUUACAGAGUUAACUGUCAAAAGAUUAACAAUACUUUAUUGUUAUACUGUUAAAGAUACAAGAUUUGGGAAUGGGGGACUGCAAGAGGAAAGUUUUGAAACUGUAAACUCUGUAGUAGGAGAGAGAAGUAGUACAGAGGAUCUUACUGAGAAGUAAAUGGAUAUUUAUAAAAUUAGGUAAAUGAAAGAGAAAAACUGAUGACAAAUAGAACAUAAAAGAAAAAAGAGGGAGAAAAAGCACAAAAGUUAUUAUAGAAAGUAAAAAUGGGAGAAAAAAUUUGAAAAAAGAGAAAGAUAAAGCAAGGAAGAAGAACCAAGAGAAAUUUCCAAGCCUCAAAGUCUAGUGAAGAAGAAAGAAAAAAAGAGAAACAAAACAAAAUAAAACAAAAAAAAACAUGAAAGUGCACAUGCUCACUCACCUCAUCUCUCUCUCUCUCUCUCUCUCUCUCUCUCUCUCUCUCUCUCACACACACACACACACACACACACACACACACAGAAACAAAGAAAUUUCUGUGUGAUUUCGAAUAUCUGGUUUUCUUCUGGGUUCUAUUUUAGAGCAAUGCCCAAGUCAUGACAUUUCCCUGUUCAUGCUGAUAAAUAAAGAAGUCAGUUAGAUCCCAGACCUGUGCUUGACACAGACACCAGUUAACAGUAAAAUGUGGAUAAGGUUGCAGAUUUUGAGAGUUGAAAAUCUAGAACAAUUCAGGUUCAGCCUCUUUAUCUUAAAACCCUCAGAAGGUAAUCUUGCUGGUCUAACCACUGCUGUUACCCAUGAAAGUCCUCACACAUUCACUGUGGGAGCAUAGCUCACUGGAAGCCCUGCACUGACGCAGUCCCACUGCUGCUCUUAGACUCAUCAGGUUCAGUCAGCCUCUCCCUGGUAUGCCACCUGACUAGCCAUGUGUCUAGGGGGUGAGCACUUCUGCAGGGGUCACUAACCAGGUGGUUGUAACUCACAGCAUCCAUGGAUCUGGUUCAUCCCUUUUUCUCCCCGAAGCUCUCUGGAAUCCCCGCUUUCACUUGUCUCUGUAGAUUUGAUUUUAUUUUAGGAGCCAGGAGCUGGGGAGAAAUUGCAGAUUGUCUCAUCUUCCUUUUUCUGAAUUGUGUUUUGUCCCUUCAGUUUCUCUGUAGAUAGUAACUUUUUGUCAGAUCAAUCCUGCUUUCCAUGUGGGAUCUUUUUGCUUCUUACUUUCCUUCCCCAGGUUGUUGUUUCCCAGCAUCUGGAUUCUAAAUAUCCCAGAGUUUGAGUUAUUUUUGCUUGUCAAUCUACCAUUUUCCUCUCAUUUCAAAGUAUAUUACUAUGAAGCCUUCUUUAGUUUUGGAAUUAAAGUUUGUAUGGUAACAAGUCCAGACUAUCCUAUAUUAACCAGUACUGAUUAGAGAAUCAUUUACUCUGUUAAUUCAUUCUUCCAAAAAUCUGAGCAUUUGGGGGAUACAGUCAAUCUAGAACAGAUGAGGUAGUACUGAGAAACCAUUAUCUGCCUGUAAUGAUUUUAACUAUAGAAAUCUUCUGCUAUUUUAUAAUAUAACUAAUGGUAUAGGUUUUAUACUCCUUUAGAAACAUUUAUAAACUGCUUGUACAUUACAAACAUGCUUACAGUAAGAUAAAUUAACGAGAAAAACCUGAGAUAUUAGUAUGACUAAAUAUUUCUAUCCAAGUACGCUUUUUAUAGUUGAUCAUCAAGCAAGAAUUAUUUUCCUAAAAAAUUUUUUUAAAUAGACCUUUCAGAUUACUUACCUGGUGUCUUAGUUACUUUUUACUCGUUGCUGAGACAAAAUACCUGAAGCCCAAGUUGGGAAAGGAAAGGUUUAUUUCUUACAGUUUUUGGAAGUUUCAGUCCACAGUCAGUUGGCUCCAAGACAGGUGGGCAUGACUGGGCUGCAGUUCAUGGCGGCUACAAACAGCAAACAGGAACCAGCAAAGAGCAAGACACACCUUCUUCCUGCCAUUACAUCACAUCCUGGCUCCACCCCUAUGUGGGUGUAGCACUGACACCAUCAAUCCAAGUACUAGACAAUGAACCAAUCACAAAUGCACAAUGAAAACUCAUGAGGCCUGGGAGCCACAGACAUAAACCAUGACACCUGGCUAGAGCUGUAUCAAAAAAAAUUUUUUGAGUUUUUUAAAAGUAAGACCCAUACUUAUGGUUCUUAAGGAAUUUUAUUUAAAGAUUAAACAUGAGGAAAAAGAAGACAACAUCUACUUCAGAUAUAUCCAUGUAGCCCUGAGACUUUGUUUUUAACAUGUGCAGUGAAGUUGACUUUCUUUUCUGGCUUAUAUAUUGAAAGUCAGUUUAAAAAUCAUAGAAAUACUCGAGCAUCAAUUUAAAGUUUUUCCUGUAUUUCCUGAUUAUUUUCAAGAUAACAUUCUCAUUUUAAGCAUAACAUUCGGAGACAAUAUAAUAUCUCUACUUUCAAAUUAAGGUUCAGAUGUUUUUGGUUUCCCAGGAAUGUCAUUAACAGUACCACAAACAACAGAAAUUUAUUGUCUCACAGUUCUGGAGUCUAGAGGUUGAGUAUAAGGUAUUAACUUUCCUUGAGGAUUGUGAGGGAAAGUCUGUUAUGCCUCUCUUCUCGUAUUGCCACUGAAUCUUGUCCUUGUAUUCAGAUUUCUUUUUACAAAGACAACUUGGUCAUAUUGGAUCAGGGUCCACACUAAUGACCUCAUUUUAAUGUGAUCAUGGGAAAGGCCCUAGUUCUAAGUCUGGUCACAUUUAUAGGUUACCAGGGGUUUGGACUGGGACAUCUUUGGGGGAUGCAGUCAAUCGAGAACAGAUAAUAAGUCCUUGCUCAGUACUUCUGAGCAAAAAAGGAAAGUUAGACACAACACAUUGUAGUGCUAGUAAAAUGGUAGUUUUAGAAGAAUGUGACAGUAUAGCUGGAAUACUACAUUUAAAAUUCAUUUCCUAGUAUUGCUUUAUAGCUGGGGAAAUUUUAAUUAAAAUUAACUGAGUGUCUAAAGUAUUUAAUAGAAUUCAGUGUUGUAGUUUCAAUCUUUCUUUCUUCAGGUACUAAGUUAUGCUAGCAUCUAUGGAAAGUUUAAGAUUCUAUGCAUUAGAAGCCAGAUGUAGUAUUGCAUCCCUGUACUGUAAUCCCAGCACUCAGGAGGCUGAGAUGGGAGGAUCAUUGGAAGUUCCAGGCCAGCCUGGGCCACAAAGUGAGUGUAAGGCCAGUCUGAACUGCAUUGUGAGACCUGUCGCAGAAAACAAAACAAAACAAAAACACCUCAAUGUUUUAAUGCUUUAAAUUUAAACUUCUGCCUGACAAGUGGCCCAUGCUUGAAAUUCUAGCUACUGGAAUGACUGAAACAAGAAGGGAUUGCAAGUUUAAGACUAGUGUGGACAACUCUAACAAAAUCUCACCUCAAAAUACAAAACUAGAAACAGAAGGCUGUGAAUAUUGUUCAGCGGUGGAGUAUCUCUGGUUAUAGCCCCAAAACUGCAAGACUCAAGAAUGAACAAUUCGUCAGAAGCCAGUAAACCAUCUAUGGAGAGUGCAGAUGGCAGCACGGGCACACAAACCAAUGGUCUGGACUUUCAGAAGCAGCCUGUGCCUGUCGGAGGAGCAAUCUCAACAGCCCAAGCCCAGGCUUUCCUUGGACAUCUCCAUCAGGUCCAGCUCGCUGGAACAAGUUUACAGGCUGCUACUCAGUCUUUAAAUGUACAGGCAAAAUCUAAUGAAGAACCGGGGGAUUCACAGCAGUCAAGCCAGCCUUCCCAGCAGCCUUCAGUGCAGGCAGCCAUUCCCCAGACCCAGCUUAUGCUGGCUGGAGGACAGAUAACUGGGCUCACGUUGACACCAGCCCAGCAGCAGUUACUACUGCAGCAGGCACAGGCACAGGCACAGCUGCUGGCGGCUGCAGUGCAGCAGCAUUCUGCCAGCCAGCAGCACAGCGCUGCUGGGGCUACCAUCUCUGCCUCCGCCGCCACGCCCAUGACACAGAUCCCCCUGUCACAGCCCAUCCAAAUUGCACAGGACCUUCAGCAACUGCAACAGCUGCAGCAGCAGAAUCUCAACCUGCAGCAGUUUGUGUUGGUGCAUCCGACCACCAACUUGCAACCCGCGCAGUUUAUCAUCUCCCAGACGCCCCAGGGCCAGCAGGGUCUCCUGCAAGCGCAAAAUCUUUUAACGCAACUACCUCAGCAAAGCCAAGCCAACCUCCUACAGUCGCAGCCAAGCAUCACCCUCACCUCCCAGCCAGCAACCCCAACACGCACAAUAGCAGCAACCCCAAUUCAGACACUUCCACAGAGCCAGACAACACCAAAGCGAAUUGAUACUCCCAGCUUGGAGGAGCCCAGUGACCUUGAGGAGCUUGAGCAAUUUGCCAAGACCUUCAAACAAAGACGAAUCAAACUUGGAUUCACUCAGGGUGAUGUUGGGCUCGCUAUGGGUAAACUAUAUGGAAACGACUUCAGCCAGACUACCAUCUCUCGCUUUGAAGCCUUGAACCUCAGCUUUAAGAACAUGUGCAAGUUAAAGCCACUUUUAGAGAAGUGGCUAAAUGAUGCAGAGAACCUCUCAUCUGAUUCAUCUGUCUCCAGCCCAAGUGCCCUGAAUUCUCCAGGGCAGGGAGUGGAGGGUUUGAAUCGUAGGAGAAAGAAACGCACCAGCAUAGAGACCAACAUACGGGCGGCCUUAGAGAAGAGUUUCUUGGAGAAUCAAAAGCCUACCUCAGAAGAGAUCACCUUGAUUGCUGAACAGCUUAAUAUGGAAAAAGAGGUGAUUCGUGUUUGGUUUUGUAACCGACGCCAGAAAGAAAAAAGAAUCAACCCACCAAGUAGUGGUGGGACCAGCAGCUCACCUAUCAAAGCAAUUUUCCCCAGCCCAACCUCACUGGUGGCAACCACGCCAAGCCUUGUGACAAGCAGUACAGCAGCCACCCUUACAGUCAACCCUGUCCUCCCCCUAACCAGCGCCGCAGUGACUAAUCUCUCUGUUACAGGCACUACAGACACCACGUCCAACAACACAGCCACCGUGAUCUCCACAGCCCCUCCCGCUUCUUCAGCAGUCACAAGCCCUUCUCUGAGCCCUUCCCCUUCUGCCUCCGCCUCUGCCUCUGAGGCAUCCAGUGCCAGCGAGACCAGCACAACGCAGACCACUUCUACUCCUCUGUCCUCCCCUCUUGCAACCAGCCAGGUGAUGGUGACAGCAUCAGGCUUGCAAACAGCAGCAGCUGCCGCUCUCCAAGGAGCCGCACAGUUGCCAGCAAAUGCCAGUCUUGCCGCCAUGGCUGCUGCUGCAGGCCUCAGCCCAGGCCUGAUGGCACCGUCGCAGUUUGCGGCUGGAGGUGCCUUACUCAGUCUCAACCCAGGGACCCUGGGCAGUGCUCUCAGCCCCGCUCUAAUGAGCAACAGUACACUGGCAACUAUUCAAGCUCUUGCUUCUGGUGGCUCUCUUCCAAUAACAUCACUGGAUGCAACUGGGAACCUGGUGUUCGCUAAUGCUGGAGGAGCCCCCAACAUCGUGACUGCCCCUCUGUUUCUGAACCCUCAGAAUCUCUCUCUGCUCACCAGCAACCCGGUUAGCUUGGUUUCUGCUGCUGCUGCCUCCACAGGGAACUCAGCACCUGUUGCCAGCCUUCACGCCACCUCCACCUCCGCGGAGUCCGUGCAAAACUCUCUCUUCACAGUGGCCUCUGCCAGUGGGGCUGCAUCCACAACCACCACGGCUUCCAAGGCACAGUGAGCUGGGCACAGAGCCAGCCGCCCAAGCCUUCGUCACUGCAGUGGGAUCAGGCUGCCAGCCAGUUGGUAAACUGAAAAUGUGAUCAGCUUUCCUUCACAGUGUUGUGAGGGCAAGGAGACAAAAAAGAGAAGAAAAAUACACAUACCAGAAAAAACAGAGACAGACAACAUUUGCCUAAUUUUAUAAUAAAGCACUGUCUUUUCAGGAUUGCUUCAUGGAUGGGGAGAACUUUCUAACCAAAAAUUUAAAAAAAAAAAAAUUGAAAACAAAUAAGUGAAAGGACUACGUAUCAUUUCCAGCAGUCAUGAUGACAAGGUGGGUUACCAAUUCCAAUAUAGGAAGGGGAUUUCUUGUUUGUCUAAAUUUCUUUUUUCUUAAAAAAAAAAAAAUCAUUUUUAUGGGUCUGUUGUACAGGCCGUUAAGUCAUAACAAGAUGUUUAUAAUCGUAUCAAUUGUGUUGGGGGUUCCUUUCUUAACUGGUACAAUUUAGGCAGGCCUGUAUUACUGUAUCUCUAUUAUUGUUGUUGUUAUUAUUGUUUUUAUAUAUAGAGAGAGUUUGGACAUGUUUAUCUCUCGCUCCUGGAUCCUAUUUCAGUGAGCUCCCACACUGUGGGGAGGGAGGGUUUUGGGGUAAGGGGAGUCUCAACGUUCUUAACUGUGGGGAAUGUUCUUGCUGGUUUCCUUAUCCUUGAUGACUCUUACAGAGGUGCUAGAAAAUUAUUUUCUUUUGCCACUUAUGCAAGAGGCUUGGUGCAGAAGCUGAAGGCAGUGUGUGCAAACACUCCCACUUCACACACGCCCCUCCCCCAUCAGGUGGUGCCUUUGGAGCACUUUUGUGUAGGAAGGAAUUCCUGCUGAACUGUAGCUCUCACCCCAAAUCAUGGAAUGGCCCUGAGGCCCAGGUCCUGUGGUGCAACAGUGCUGCUUUCUGCUACUUCAAAUGGGAACAGCCGCACAUGUUGCAGAACAGGGUUUGGUUCUGAAGAGCAAAGACUACUGCAGACACCUGACUCGGUGGUUCUCCUGAUUUCUUAUGUCCUGAAAAAUGCUCCUACUGUUGAUGUAUGUGUUUGUGUGUUCCAUUUUAUGAAAGUUUUUCAUCUAAACUUUUACUUGGCAGUGAACAAAUUAACCUGUUGAAAUUGGGAAACAUUUCCCUUUUGUUUUCUGAAGGAAUUCUACUAGAGUAUUUCCCAUCAAUUACAUAUCCAGAAGAGGUGGAGGAGAAGAAUCUGAGGUUGCCACCUUUUCCUCUAAAGAGCCCCAGACUUCUGUCCACUGAAUGGCUUAUAAUUUGCUCAAACCCUGAGAUUCUCCUCUAUUCUGUGACAGAGGCACUUACUGGCCACACUGUAUUGGGGUCCGUAAACCUGUGCAGAAAGGCUAAGCAGGAACUUUGCACACACCAUAGUUCCUGGCUUUUCUGGGAUGCUCCUGCUAGGUGGGUCUAACGACAGUGCAUAAUCUCUUUAUUCAGUGUAGAAAGUGAUUGGCUCCUGUCAUUGUUUUCAGGGUGUUUCUGGACUACAUAAAUGAGCCCAUUGAAAAGAAAGAGCUUGUAAAGUAGGUAAAAAGGAAUGAGGGUCACUUAGAAAUUAAAUUCCCCUUUUUACCAGUGUACUAUUACAGUAUCUGUACCAAAAAAUUUCUCGAGAGACUGGACCACUGCAGUGUAGCUUAUCUACAUUAUCCUUCAGAGUGGAGUUAAAGGUUCCUGUUUGGUGUCUGGUGUUCAAUCUCCAGUGGUCCCAAGACUGUACUUUGUCCCCCUUUUGUGGUGGGGAUUAAGAAAGAUCUAACAGGUGACUUUCCUUUUGACUGCUUUGCUUGUGGCCGCAAGGGAGCUGAGAUUCAUCUAUUUGUCUCUCUUCACCACUGUUCAGAAAGGCAGUAAUGCAGACACAAAUGUGUACCUUUGUUUGUGACUCAAGUGGCAGACAGUCAUAUUAAUAUUAAAGGUCAGAAACAUUUAGUCCCCUUUUAAAUUUUUGUUUAGUUUCUUCUGUCUCGUUUUUCUCAAAAGUAUUUAAUUACUCUCUCCCCUCCCCAUUUCCUUUUCAUACCCUUCACUUUCUCUCAAAUCCCUCUAAAAUCAGUGAACUGCAAGCAGGGAAACUAACAAAUGUCCAUCCACCUGUUUUUUUGUGGUGUGUGGUGGUUUGUUUUGUUUUGUUUUGUUUUUUAAUGUUUUUAUUUUUAAACUAAGCUUGAACCAAAGUCAAAUUUUAGCAAGCUGCUGUACUAAUGGAAUAGUUUAUAACGUGCAGUUCAGACACAUUGAGGAGAUAGAUGCUACUGACAAUUUCUUUUUCAUUUGUCUUUAUUAAUUUUAUAUAAAAGUUGCUGCUUGUUUUUAAUCUUUUGUGUUGAUAAAUUGUAAUACCCUCUGGGCAGACAUUACCUUGAUUUUUAACUAGUAUAUUUAGGUUGUGUGUAAAUAGAAUGGCAGUGUCAGUUACUAAUUUCUCUCUUCUCUAUCAGCUUUUCUCUUUUGUACUUAAAGGAAAUCUUCUCCCAUGGCUUGAAGUCUCUAACUUUAAUCUGUGCAGAUGAUUUUAGGACUGUGGAUAAUGCUGUAGUUACCUGUAAUGAAGAGUCCCUCCAAUGGGAAUAUAGAAGUUAAGAGGAAGGAUUCAGGGAGGGAAGUGCUAAUACCCACCAUAUUGGAUUAGAGGUUAUGGCAUUAAUUUCCCCAAAUUGCUACCAAAGGAAAGUGUGAGGUCUCAAGGGACUGUAGCCCAGUAAGUUAAGAUGAAAGACACGAAAAGCCAGUUGUUGGUUUUGGUUUUUGUGAUUAAAAAAAUGAUCACUCUUCCACACAGCAUUCACCAAUAGUCUUUAGUGUUAAAGAAAAUACUAAGCUUUAAACAUCAGCACAGUAGUCCCUACACUGUCUGUGUCUAGUCUCUAAUCCCUUUUUUUUAAUGUGGAUCACUUGAUGAGGGUAGAUCUUAAACCAGCAUAAAAAUCUGUUUAAAAGAACAAUUAAAUCUUUAAACAAAAAUAACUUUAAAUUUUUUUCUUAUUUUGCAUAUUUAAAAGUAAGUUAUGGAAUAGAAGGUACUUUUUCACACGUGUAUACGUGAAACACUAAUAUAGCUUGGUGGUGCGUGCUUCGUUUCAGAUCAGCUCUCCAUCAUUAGCCCUAGAUAUUCUGUUAAUCAUGCUUGCGUCAUGAACACCUUAGUCCUUUUUUUAUUUCAUAUCAUCUUGAGAAGUACUUUUUGAAUUGAAUGAACUAUCUCCUAAGCUAAGGUACUCAGACCUAACUUUAAGCCACAUUUUAGAGGGAAAUCUGCAAAUUCAAAGGGUCAUUUGACCAAAAAGAGUUCUUUGAUAGAGUCUACACAUUUGGAAGAAAGGCCAGAUAGUUGUUACAGUUCUUGUUAUCAUUCUUCUUUUCUUACUCUUAGUGUUUAUGAAAGUUUUAUUUCCUCCCUGAAUUUGAUUAAUACAUAUUAAGCCAAAGACUAAUUUUAAAUACAUUCAUAGUAAUACUGUAUUUGCCCAUGAUAAUGGGCCCCUACUGAAGGAGUAGUGAAUGUAAUUGUAAACUGUGCUUAUCAUAAGCAAUGCAAUUUGGUCAUGAACUUUAUACCCUAUGUAAAUCUGAAAGAACAGAAAGACCUAAAAAGGGGGCUUCUCACAGAAAUAGUAUUAUUAUUCUAAGAUGAGUUUAAAGGAAAUAAAUUGAAAUAAGCUGUAUUAGUUGAAAUGUUCUGAGGUUCAAUAGACAGCUUUUUAGAAUUAAGAAAGAAUUAUUUAUAUCCACUAAAUGAGGUAAUAUGCACUCUCUUUUAUUUAUUGUCAUAAAGGUCAAAACCAUCCCAGUUUAUUUAGCUUGUCACUCAAGAAUGGAACCAAAGGAAUUCAAUUUCCAUUUUUCAUAGAACCACACCUAUAUUGGUAGCAUUACCAGAAAUUAAUAUUUUUAAAAGGGAAAAUAUCCAUUAAAAGAUUUUUAGCGAGCUUAUCUUGCCAACUUGUUCUACAUCAUUCAUUUGUUCUUGGGGGGAAAAAAGCACAAUUAUACCUCUUUUUAAUGUUACUUUGUCCGUUUGUCUUCAUGUAUUUGGGAAGGUAAGGAAAAUAAUCUGAAAGCACAGAUGCUUGACACAAUAUUUAAAUUCAAUCCAGUCUUUAUUGUAAAAUUAUAUUUAACUUUCUGGAAAAGCUAGAUGCACCUGCAAAUACAAGGAAUUUGUGUCAGUUUUUAAAGUUGAGAAUCCUGGCAGAAGACGUUUCAAUUAGUAUACAGUGAACACCUGGCUUACAGAGAAACUCCAUAGUCUGUUGUUUCCAAUAUGGGUCAUCCUCACGGAUCUUUCUUGACCUAGAAGUAAUUGUAGCAGAAAAGGGAAACUGAGGAAAAGAUUCUCUCUUACAUUUCUUCCCAGGAAAAGAAGAGCUGCUGGGAAUGGAAGGGGAGCAGGGAGCCCUCGCGGCCACUCUGCAGUCACAGUCCCUCAAGAGUUUGUCAAGUGCUUUCCCCCUAAGUCAGCGUUGCAAUGUGAUGAAUUUCAAGUUUCUUUAUUCUUCAAACUACUAGAGCCAAAAAAAAUUGUAAGACUGCUGAUACUAAUAGGCAAAAAAGACUGAAGACCAGAAAUUUAAAAUCAGCCAUGUGAGCAGGAUUUGAUAGAUGAAUUCGUUCAUAUCCAUCAAGAGUUCGUGUGUGUGUGUGUGUGUGUGUGUGUGUGUGUGUGUGUGUGUGGAGAGCAUUUAGUGUGAAACAUUGUUCACAUAAUCAUAGUCCUUUGUUCUGAAGUCAUUUCCUGUCACUAACAUUUUGACGAUGACACUAUAAAAUGGUAAAUCUUUCUUCAUAUUUAUCUUCAGUUUUAAGGAGGAAAAAAAUUUCUGUGCUGUUCCUCUAGGGAAGAUAGGUUUGCAUGGAUAGCAGCUAUAGUACAGAAUCUUGGACAGAAAUAGGAUAAAUAAAUUGCUUUCAUUACUAAAAGCCUAUAUGAAUCCUAUUAUCCUUUUCUUAGUCCAAAGAGGUUAAAUGGGACUCCAUGAAAUUUCCAGCAAGGCUUAAAAGGAUCCUACUAGGAGGGCAGGAAAUACAUUUCUCAACAGUUGUCCACUCUGCCGUUUUUUGUGUGAUCUGCCAAGCGUAGCUCUCUUCUAUUCAUCCUAUUUUAUGAAUUGUUUCCUUAAGUUGGUUCUUCUGUUCUUGGCCUUGGUGAAAAUCAGCAAAUUGGAGUGAAUCUCACGUUGAUUCCGUACUCUGGAUCUCGCUUCCUCCUUUCCCUCACACUUUUUUCUCUUUGAAUGGUGGUACCUUAAUCUGUAACGUUAAUACUCGUGGGCGACAGUUAGCUUCUGGCACCUUCAUAAGAUACCUCAGCAUAGCUUAGGCAAUGUUAUCAAACUGGUUUUAAACUAAAUACCAAAUAAAAUAGAAGCUUUAUUAGUAGUGGAAAUAAUUCUAGCUGUAGUAUUUAGUUAAACUAACGUUUAUUAUGAUUGAUAAACCUGACUGAUGCUGUGUGUAUUUGGGAUCCUGUUUAUAGGUUACAGUUUAUAGGGUUAGGGUGGGAAUUUUGCUCGUGUAUGCUUUUCUUUAUAUCUAUCUUGCCAAAGGAAACUUGAUAUUCCCCUGUGAUUCAGUUUAGGAUUUAUUGGCCUCUAUGGUCUGAUCUGCAGCACAGUGUGUGGUGGCAUGCAGGUGACAUGUGGAGUGUCCAAUAGGUUCAGGCACAUUUAUAACCCUUCCUAUGGCUGCCCAUGCUCCCCGGAUCUACAGCCUCUCCUAAGGAUUCAUUACGUCUGUAUGUAGAGCAAAGGCUUAGGUAAAAUACAAAUGUGUAAAAGUCUAGGUGUGCAGAAGAAAAAUAAAGACAGAAAGAAAUGCACCAACUAAUUUGGAGAGGAAUGGAGAAUUGUUGCAUCUUAAUGUAAGGGUGAGACAAGUUCUUUUAGUUACCCUUGGUUACUGAAUGUUGUGCUAGUAGCCCAGCUUUUAUAACCAUUUUUUAAUACCAAAGCUUGUUCUACCUAUAACAAAAGCAUAUACAGAAGAAAAGCCAAAUCAAAUAAUUAAAAGCUAACCUUCUCACUUUGCACCUGUGAUAAGGUGUGCUUUUAAGGAUUGGUUGGUUGGUAGGAUAGAAGGUGGUGAUGUUCUAGGUGCAGUGUGAGUGAGAAGUGAUGUUGGUUUUAAAAGAAUUCAGUCUUUCUCUGCCUAUAUACCACAUUUUCUUGGCUCCCAGAGUUUUGAUACAAACUAAAUCUCCAAAUAGGCAUUUUUGUUUUAAAUAAAUGAUCCCAUCUCAUACUACUGAAGUGAGAUUUGGUUUGGAUUCCAAAGACACUGCUGUGUCACUUUUUGUCCUUAGUUUCAAAACAGGCAGAGGGAAUAGGAGCAAAAGGUUGAAAUUCAGUAAAGCUUUACCUUGUUUCUUUUCUUUCUCUUUUUGCCUCUUCUCUACUUUUUGGAAGGCUUGUUGAUUAUCUGGCUUUGGCAAAGAGAUUUAUUUUGGUUCACUCUGCUGACUCUGUAAAGAUGGAUAGAAUUAAUUGCUCAGUGUAGCAGUGAUGUUCUUGGAAUUAAGAAAUUUUAAGAAUGCAAAAAAUGAGAGUAGAGUUAUUUUAUUUCUUUAUCUAGAGCAUACUUACAAAUAGAACCAAAACAACCUCUUUGAGUUAAGACAAUGGUUUAGAUGUACUGUCUCUGUUCUGUCUCUUGAAGAAGCAUUUCAAGAGCUGGAUUACAUGGAAAACCAAAAGAUUUUCCCUUAUUCUUCCAUAGAACUGUUUUAUUCCAAAAUGUUUUUAUAAUAUGGCUCUCAGAAGUUGAGUAGUUCACUGUUUUAGUGUAGUAUUGAUAGGACAAAGAGGAAGAGAGGAAAAUAAUAUAUUGUUCUCUGAAUAGUCCAUCAAAAUGAUCAGGUUGCAGAACUUCAUAGAAGCUUUCCUAGUAAUUUUAUUGUUCUGACAUUAUGUAAAAGUUGUAUUAAUGUUGUGUGACUUUUCAAAGCAUUAGGUAGAUUUAUAUGUAGGUAAUAGGGAUAGGGAAGACAAGAGCACUUGAAACAAAGGCGAUAGGAAAAUAAAGUGUGUGAAGAACAAGGAUUUGAGUCUGGAAGUAAAGCUUCCAGGGGCUGGGGAGAGAAAAUAUGGAUAAUUCUUUCUGUGUCCCUGAGUCUGCGCAUAGUGCCACCUUCUGGUUCACACACAGGACACUGUCAGAAAUUUAAGACCCCCAAACUAACUUACUAUCAAAAAAUAUUGAGGUCUGCUGCAAAGUUUCUCCAUGUUUUCUUUGUUUACUUGUUCAUCAUUAUUUUAGUUGGCCACAGCCUUGCAAAAGCAGCUUAAGGGUUUUUUCACAAAUUAGCAGCGGCAUUGAACUCUCCAACAUUUUAUCCUAGUCUGUAGGCAGACAGCUGAGUACAGAGCUAUUAAAAAAUAUGAGACAUCUGACCAUUUAGUUCCUUAAGAACAAAGUUUCAUUCAGAAGUUUCCUUUUGAAUGAAAAGGGACAGAGCCAACUCCCAUCUAGCCCUAAAACUAUCUCAAGGUGUAAAAAAAAAAGAGGAGGAAAUGAAAUGCACCUUCAGAGAUUGGAAUGACAGCAUCUGUUAGGAACACGGAGGUCUCAGACUGCUUGGGGGAGCCGUGAUGUUCCGUUCCUGCGAGACAUGCAGAAGUGUGUAUCUCCUCAGUAGAGUGCCUAAUUCCAGCCUCAGUGGAGGAAUGAAAAGAGGAAUCAGGACACUUUGCAACCAUUUUCUAAUACUGACUUUUACAACAGAAAAAGUGGUCUCUGAAAUCCGAUAGGGGAUAAGAAAAACAAACGUGUAACAGCUUAUUACCUCUGCUUGCACAGCAGUGUGCAUUACCCAGUCCACAGGAGGUCCUGCUGCAGGAAGAAGUCCCCAUCCCCCUCAUCUGUGGUAGUGGCGAGGGCCAGGUGAGUAAGCGUGGGUUUUCCUGCCCACCACACGUCCAGGAGCUGUUGUAUACCUCAUUUCUAAGUCGUGACUGUGUCACUUGCUUUAAUUUCCCCUCAGCCCUACAGAGUUGCCAAGUCUGCCCUCCCUCCUCUCUGUACUGUUGAACUCUGGCCUAUAGCAUCGUGAGACCUGUAGCUGAGGGUGGGACCUCCUGGAGCCUCUGAAUGUCACUGCUUGAAAGCUACUGCAAACCCAAGGGCAAAUUGCAAUCUUCUGUUUCUGCUCACAGAUCUCAUCACAUCCACUGUCUGCCAAGCUGCCUUUCAGGGCUGCUCUGCCCGCGCCCCGCGCCCCCCCCCCCCCCGUCCCCCCAUAUCUUGACUGGAGGCCACACUUAAGGGUCUGUCCUUUGCCCUGUGUGUGGAGGCCACCCCUCUCCUCGGAGGCCACAGGCUUCUGUGUAUCUGCAGAACUUGGGGUAGAAGGGAAGACACCAAAGGCUCCUUUAAGCCGACUGCUGCAUAUGGGUUUCACUUUUUUCCUUUGACAUGACCAAAAAGAAAAUAAUCCAAAUAUUUAAGUUUUUAUUAUUAUUAUUAUUAUUAUUUGACAAUCUUCUAUCCAGCAGGCUCUCUAGAAGCUGCAUCCCCUGCCCUUUCACCUUUUCUUUGAAUGUAGUUCUCAGCCUUCAACUCCCACCCUUAAAGUUGAACAGAAGCCUAGCCAGGUCAUAAUUCUGCUGCUAUAAGCCAGGGGAGGGUGGUUUCUUUGUUUUGUUUUGUUUUGUUUUUUUAAAUUUCCAGCCAAAACCAAAGAUUUCUUAAUGAUUGUAUAAACUCAAAACAAACAAAAAAACCAAAGAAAAGGGACGUCUUCAGCAUCAAUCCAGUCUGUGGUGUCCUGGCACUUAGAGGAGGGAGGGCAGGGGCAGGCAGGGGGCCUCUGGCGGCCGGGUGCGCGAACCUAGUCUUCGCAGCUUGUGGCCACGCCACAAAACCAGUUGGCAUUUCAGACUUUUGAAAACAAAAGCCAAAACCCCAUCACCACAGUAACAGCCAGGGUCACCGCGGGGAUCCAGCACAGGGUCUAGGGCGCCCAGCUGCUGCUGCGGGACUGGCCAAGGACUCCACAGAGUGGGGCGCUGGAGACACUGGCGCAGGAUUGGCUGCUCUGCUGGGUGCUUUCACCUGGGGCGGGGCGGGCGAGCGGAGAGGCCCUUCUGAGCCUUUUUCUCUUUUCCUUUACUGGAACUGCUUGGAAGUGGCUAUCCUGUUCUUGAGAAAACCUGCAGAAUGAUUAUCAAGCUUUUCGUUUCUCUUUAUUGUAGUUUUGGUUCCUUUUUGCAGCACCACUGUGCAACUAUGCAUUGUAUUUCACAACCUUUUGUGCUAGGUAGAUGCCUGUGACUUUUUAACUUGGGGGGCGGGGGGAUUGCAAAUGAAGGAACUUUUUACACAGAUCUUUUUAAUCUCAGUUGAUUGGGGAGGGGGGUAUUUGGUUCUAGGGUCAUACAAGCUCUAUCCCAAAGCAAAAUCCAAAUGUUAAUAAUAUUAGCCUGAUGCAGAUACCAAAGAUAAUCUCUUUCCUGCAGAACCUUAGACUUGUGUAUUAAGUACGAUUACCCAGCACUUGCAUUAGUCUAACCUCAGUAAUUCCAAAGCUUAGAUGUAUAUUUUGGUAUAUUUCUGGGAUAUUAAAAAAAAAUGUCGUUUAACUUCUUGUUUGUUUCAGUGUAAUGCUCUUAAAAGUCAUAGCAUGAAAAUAAUUGAGCUGUCCUAUUCCUAGUAGUUUGAAAUAAUAGUAUUUUUGUAUGUUUUGGGUGUGUCUAUGUAUGUUAACAUAACAGUUUUCACUGCCUAGGUGUUCAUAAUAAAAAAGAAAAUGAAAAAGUUCUGAGUGUACAUAGUAUUGAAUAAUAAUCCUCUACCAGGUGUCAAUUGGAUUGCAUAGUCACUGAUUAAUGUGCCCAACUUGGGUUUUGUUUUGUCUUAAAGAGACAGUGAUCGUGUUUUUCUAAAGAUGUUUUCUGUCUUUAAAUAUCUUAACUCCCACACCUUUUCUUCCUUUUUUUUUUUUUUUUUAAAUAUCGAUUCAGGGGUGUUUUUCCACUGUUGUCAAGGGAGAGACACAAGGGGAAUUAGCCCCUUGGCCUCCCAAAACUUUUUGUUUUAUGUACUUUAAAAUGUGAGUUUGAGUUCUUCUUUGUGGAAACUUAAGAUGUGGUGUAAAUGAUUCUUUCCAGAAUUGUCCAGCAGCUUUAAUGGGAGGCAGUGACAAUUUCUAAGUAGUUUAUUGGGAGUCCUUUUACAUUUCUCCUAGAUGACUUUGCAUUCUGGGUGGCUAUUGUGUAGCCUCACUGCCCCAGAGCGCCUGUUUAGCCAUUUCCCCUGCUAGGAAUGUUUUGUAAGAAUCAGUUGAUAACUGGGAACACUGGACCUUGUUAUCUGUGCCCCCUUGGAAACACAUUUUCUUGGUCUUGCAAACCUGAAACACAGGCGACUUUACAAGGUGGGGAAUUAGCUGAUGCCUCCUGAGGCCUGAGGAGGUGGUGGGACUAUGAGUGGUGCUGUCUCUGUUAAGUGCCCUUUAUGAUUCCCCCUCCUGGGGCUGCCUGCAGGGGGCUGUAGGCUGGGAGAGAUUGUGUAGGUGCCAGUGAAUCUGAAUGAAAUGGUAGACUUUGUGUAGAUGCAUUUGUCUGCUGUAAUUUUUAUAUAUAUAUAUUAAACUUACUGUAACUGUACAGUUCGUUUCUGUUGUAAAACGUCAUUAAACCAUUUUCCAAGUGUUUUCA